GCCAGGGAUCUGAUCACACAGAGAGCGAACUCUCCUGCUUGCAUCUCAUCUCUUCAGUUCAUCAAGCAAAAUGGGGAGUGUGAGGAGCCAAGGCAAGCAAGGGGGGAGGGUGAGCAGAGCUCUGAAGGAGCACAGAGCCAGGCUCUACAUCAUCCGUAGGUGCAUCGUCAUGCUCCUUUGCUGGCAUGACUGAGAUCCAAGCUGCAUUCUCCUCCAUAGAACCCAUCAAGUCAAGGGUCGAUGCAUGGAGAAGUCACACUUAGAUAGGGAAGUAUCAUCAGUUAGUUAGGACUUAGAGUAGAAGUAGAAGUUAGGAAGGAACUCCCAUGCUCAUGGCAUAUUGCUCUCAAGAAAGCUUGGUAGACUAGACAUUCUAUCAGUCGUUUAUUUCACCAUGAGUUAUUCGUAUUUAUUUUCCAUUUUUUCUCCACCUUUUCUCCGAUGUGCCGUCCCUUAGGCAGUGGGAUAUGUGGCUGUUGUAUCUUUU